AUGUGGGCUUUUCGGCCUGUGUUGCCAUGGCAUCGUCCUUUCUGUGCUGAUCUACAAGAGUCAACAUUCUCCACAUUGAAAAAUUUCAUGGAAAAAUUUGGGAAAGACUUCUUUGGAGACCAACCACCUCCCCCAUUCCCAUCUUCUCAAGAUCAUCAUGACUUUGUAUACCUAUGUCUGAAACUGCUGUGCUCCCACUUUUCCUUGGCUCUGAGUGGAGGUGUAUCAUCAUUUCUGGGCCACAGUCUUUUAUCAGAUGGUAUGAAAUCUACUCCUCAGUCUACUCAUGAUUUAACUCAUGCGCAAAUCUUGAUGAAAACUCUAUUACAUAAUCUCAGUUUGAAUUCUCCUUGCCCGGUAGGCAACCCGGGGCCCAACGCCGCCUACUUCGGCUCGCUGCAGUGCCUCAUGCCCUACAACCUCGAGUACGACUUCGACGUGAUCCACGAGCGCGCCGAGAACGGCCACAGCAUGAGCGGCUCCCUCAUCGACCAGCGGGCGGACCAGGACUCCCUCGAGCAGGACGGCAGGAUGCGCAAGUACUGGGACGUGGCGGCCACGGAGCUGUGA